AUGGAAUGCUGCGCGAGGGUGGCAGGCUGUCAAGGAGUCUCUGCGGCCGGUCAGUCGCCUAUCCCUCAAGGUCCGAUUAAUUCCGACGAUACGUCGGGGCUAACUUUCCACAUAUCACCAGCACGAAUAAGCAAGAGGACUUAAUAGGUUCGAAAAUCUUAAGUGUACUGUAUGCCAGAUCUUACAGGUCGGGUCAAAACAAAAAUAAUACUUCAAAAACAGCAGUUUCAAUCUGAAAACAAUAUCUUAAAGCCAAAUGAAACUGUCUCGUUAGGCUAUUCCAGAAAACUCUAAAACGCCUGACUAGAAUCAAAAUGAUGGUCGAAAAAUCUUCGAAACUAACAAAAAUAGAGGGACAGUUAGAUCAACGAAGAAGUAAAUCAAGAAGUCUAAAAUUCUCCAAAAAAAAAGAACUGGUCAAUUUAUUUUGAAUGAAAGUUUGAAAGCUCAUUAGAGGAUGAAAAAGGCGGCUGGCGUCUGAUAGAGCGCACACAUGCAGAAAAUUUUGCAAGAGCCGCUGAAAACGGCCGUCGGACCCGCCUUGAAACACAAACAGAAAGUUGGCUUCUUUCCAGCCGCACCUUUCCGUUGCCUUUUCCAAGCCUCGCCGCAGGGCUAAUCACUCGUCCGUCAUCCUGCCGUCGUCGACCCUUUUUUUCGCCGCGGCCUUGGUUCACACGGAUUAUCGGACCCUCCUGCCUGUUUGCACCGCCAGUUGGUCAGCAAAGAAACAAUUUUCCGCGAGAAGUUAACUUUCGAACGGAUCGUACAGGAAAUGAGGACCUCUCUCCUCAACUAAUGAACGAAAACAACAACACGGACAAAGUUAAAAGGGUGGAUAAUGGCCGCUAGAAGGGAAAGGCUCGAAAAAGGCAGCAAAGAGAAUCCCUAUAUCGAGCCUUCCAUUUUUCUAGGAUUUUAAAGGCCCGAGAAAUGGUGUAAAAAGGAAGAAGCGGCAAAAAUGGUACACAAGGGCCAAGGAAAUGUCGCAAAAGGGAAGCAAAAAAAGUACCUUUGUCAUUUUAAAAAGAACAUUUUUAUGGAGCCAUUUUCCACUCUUCCCGACUUUGCAUAUGAAGAUUAAAUAUCUUUUUCCAGAAGAAAUCCUCACUCUGCAAGGUUUUUCCAACAAAAGAUGACUCUAGCGCAUUUAAAUUUUGCUUUUGAAAGUCUUUCGUUUCGAAAUGAAGAGAAAAAACUUUAAAAUUUCUUCUCUUUCAAAGUUUAAAAAGUUUCUCUAUCUCGAUAAUAUUGUUUUUGAAAAAAAAAAUAUUAUGCGACGUCAUUUUUGUACUGAAAUUUUGGGUUUCCCUCUUUUAUCUCUCGAGACGAUGCAGUAGUUCGGCGUGAUGUCGACAGACAUCAGGUCAGCAAAACCAGGCGCAUUACACUUGCUCCUGCGCCUCGGCGAGCGGCUCUCAGCCUUUUGGCUUCUGGACCCCAUGGCCGACUCCGCCGCUUCCAUAUACAAUCGCUAUUAUGAAGAGAACAACGGUUAGUCUUUUCUUUUUACGCGUCGAAUUUUAAAAUUUAAUAUUCGCAGCUUUUGAAGCCCCCAAAAACAUGAGGCACGCGGCAAAUCUGACAAAAAAUUGCUGCAUUACUGAAUGAAACGUCUCAAAUUAAAUUCGAACGUGUCAUAUGAAAACAGUUCUGUAUUUUACUUCAAUUAGAAUUACACUCUUUUUACAAAAGAUUUUUCUUGUUUUCUUAUCCGGUUUAGCAGAUAAUCUCUUUUUUUCAAAUAUCCUGACCAAGUUCUAUUAUUAUUGAACUCGAUCCGCGAAUAAGAGUUCACGUACACAAUUCCCUAGAAAUGAAACAAAAAAAACUUCUUUUUUAGCAGAAAGUCAUUUUCCUUGUGAAGAAGCAAUUUUUCUCUCAAUAUAUUCAGCAAAAUAAAGAUUUAAGUUAAACUGCAAUUUGGAAAAAGAGAACUGACCGUAUACAUGAAGUUUUUCUUUGCAGAUUCAGACGGUCACUUCCUGAGAACUGUUCGAGUUCGACGCUGCAGGCACACGGACUGGGACCUUUGUGAGAGCAUCCGACUCAUCGAACUGCAAGAGGUUUUUAUUUCAUUCGAGUCAUGUAUAUAAAUAGGCGAAACUCAAUCUGACAAUUGGAAAAAAAAUUCACAUCAACGAUUUCGAUAAAAAUAACAAAAAAGUGAGAAAAAGGCUCACGGAACUUUACUACCAGCAUACGGACCAUUUGAAUCGGUGAUUGAAGCAAAAAAAAAAGAUGAAUUUAGGCUAGAGAUCGAGCUUCGCAAAUGGAGAAAACAAUGCGAUGGUGGUCAAACUGUACUGCUGAAUGGAGGGCGCGUUGGAGGUUUUUUUUUCUUUCUAUAUUCUCUUUCAAACAGUAAAAUUAAUGCUCCUCGACAUUCAGUUCACUCCCUAACUCGUACUUUACUUAUGGAAGGAAUUUUUAAGAGUGAGGAAUAAAAACAUUUUAACACGCAGUCAAAAUUCGAAAAAAUGUCCAAACGCGGACGCGCUCCGGACGGAGCUUUUCCAGUGACACCUUUAGCGAUUUCAGUACUUCUAGGUGAUUAAUAUAAAUGCUCUUAAAAACCUUAAACGUCCUGAGUGCGCCCGGUUAACCUCGAAAACCGCGAUUCCAAGAAGUUCUGAAACGUUUCGCUGUACAGUGGCUUCGAGUUCGUUGGAGCGUACUUGUGCGACAGAAUUUUUUUGAGAAUUAAAAUUUUUUAUAGCAAUUUUUUCGUCUAUAUAGAUUGAGACGUUCUCAUCGAACACAAUUGGUAUAAAAAGUAUGCGGAUUUGCAGAAAAACACAACUGGAACAUUCGGAAAUAGAAAUUUAGUUUCAAAAUGUAACUUUUGGCCCGAUCUAGUAAGUCAAAAAAGUCGCCCAAAUUUGAAAAAUCCGUCAUUUUUUGGGAUUUUUUCCUCUUGUGGCUGUCAAAAUCGAAUCAUGUUCAUAGUGACAUACAAGCUGCGUUUCAUUACAGUCCUUUUAUUUUGAUUCUUGUGGAUUUGAUAGUUGGAUCUGAAAUAAGAAAUGAACCUUUCAGUGCGGUGCGCGAUGAAAGAAACCGAGCGCGGAACGAGGCUGAAACUAUGAAGCAGAACUACGAAGUCGUGCUGGAAGAGAAGCGGCGUCUCGAUGAGCAACUUCUGCUGAGAAACAGCCAUCCUCGGAUCCCAACCAUAGUUCUUGACGAAAAUGGAAAUCCGGAAAGGGUAGGGGCUUAAGAUCAAAAUCACUGUUUAGUCAGGUUUUGAUGAUAGAUUGAAGCUCUAAAAGCUUCUGGACAGAGAUGUAUGGGAACAAACUUUGAAAAAAGGAAACUUCGACUUUUUUUCUCUCAAUUUUCGGUUUAUCUGUCUCAUGAUCGAAUUGAAUUCCGUCAGAUUCAGGAAAAAAUAAACCUGCUUCAAGACAAAGACUUAUUACAGGAAGACAGUUCAGUCAAAAACGUUAGAGGAGUCCUGAAGCUGCACGUGGGAGUACAGGCAGAUUGUGUGAGUUCGUCCAAAGCGACAGCUAAUCGGCUAAUUUUCAGCCUAAUUGCGAUCAACCGUCUUCUCUGGCGCUGGUCGCUCCUGAAGACAGUAGCUCUGGGUACGGACCGAUCUACCCUUUCUGAUCGCAUGGGGUAUUCAGAACAUCGAAUUUCGAAGAAGAAUGCUGCAGCCUGCAGAACGAAGUACACAAUGCACGAGUGAUCAACAGCCAGCUCAAAGCCGAAAAUGAAUUUUUACUCGAAAAGGUUUUUUAUACGCUUUUUGGAGCCAAUUAUAUAAAUGAAUAAAAACCCUUCUUCUUAAAAAAAAUAGUUUAGGUUGAACAAAUGGAGAAUGCUCUGAUUGGAGCUCAGGAGCAAGAAAAAGUUCUUCAACAGGUUUCCGAACUAUUUUUUGAUUUAAAAACCAUUAAAAUUGCAGGUAUUGCAAAAGCUUGCUGAGACCGAAGAGAAACUCCGAGCUUCCCGUUCUCACACAGAUUCCGAUCAAGAUCCGUCUUUCGAUGGAAUGUAA